AUGACGGACAUUUCGGGAAACAUGUUGCGAAAAUAUGGAAAAGCUAACAUCACGUUCGAACUCACUAAGAACAUCAAAAUUUCACAUGAAUUUAUUAUUUGCGGAUCAGUUUUAAACUUUGACGCAGACGGUUUGCUUGGGCUGAAUUUCUUCGAAAAAUUCCAGCCACGUUUAGAUUUUAAGGAGGAAGUAUUAGAAUUAAAAGGUGUUAGGUUACCCUUGGAAACGUUUGAAGGGACAGGACCCAACUUGAGGUGUAACGAGGAGUUGAGGCCCUUUAUGGUUGAGCACUUACAAGAGUACGAGCGAGAGAAGUUGUAUUACGUUUUGGAAGAGUAUCCGGAUCUCUUCGCAGUAGGAACGGCUCAGCUCAAUGUUACGAACCUGGUGAAACAUAAGAUAAACACUGAUGACAGCCCACCAAUAGCAAAACCACCGUAUCGCGUACCGUUUGCUCGUAAGCAAGUCAGGCAAAAUUGUAUCCAGGAAAUGUUAGAUAACGUCAUAAUCAGACGAAUUAGGGAAGGUAGUCCCGGACUUGUCCCGGAUUCCGGAGGUUCGAGAGUCACCACUCCCAAAGUCUGGAAACCACGGGGCAGACUUAGAGACUACAGCUCAUGCACCACCGACAACAGAAACAAACCAUACAGUAGCGCAUGA